AUGCAGUCUUCAAUUUCUAAAUACCGCAUCACAAAGCGUGUGGGAGGAGGUUCCUUCGGUGAUAUUUACCUUGGUGUUGGAGCCAAUGGGGAAAAGGUCGCUGUCAAGUUCGAAAAGCAUGGAGCUCGCUGCCCCCAGCUUCGUCACGAGUACAAGGUGUACCGUGAAUUGCAAAACGCUCCUGGAUUCGCCAAGGUUCAUUACUUUGGAACCCAGGACUCGUACAACCUGAUGGUGAUGGAUCUUCUUGGCCCUUCCUUGGAGGAUCAAUUCAACAAGUGCGGACGUCGCUUCUCCCUCAAGACUGUCUUGAUGGUGGCUGAUCAGCUUUUGGAACGCGUUGAGUUGAUGCACUCUCGCCACUUGAUUCACAGAGACAUCAAGCCUGCCAACUUUGUCACCGAUGGUGGAAGAGGAAACGGCAACUUUAUCUAUUGCAUUGAUUUCGGUCUUUCCAAGCGUUACCGCCACCCUCGUACCCUUCAACAUAUUCCUCAGCGUGAAGGAAGAUCUCUAACUGGUACUCCUCGUUAUGCUUCCAUUAACAAUCACUUGGGAGUGGAACAAUCUCGAAGAGAUGAUCUCGAGUCCAUCGGGUACGUCUUGGUUUACUUCCUCAAGGGAGGACUUCCAUGGCAAGGACUCAAGGCCAAGUCUGCCACCAAGAAAUACAAGCUCAUUAUGGAGAAGAAACAAUCCAUCACCAUUCCUGCCUUGUGCCAAGGAUGCCCUUCGCAAUUUGCGGAAUACUUGGCUUACUGCCGCUCUCUCAAAUUCGAGGCCAAGCCCAAUAUUGCCUACCUAAGAGGCAUGUUCCGUGACUUGUUUAGAUCGCAGGGAUACACCAACAACCACUCGAGUCUGGACUGGGACUGGAACCGACACGAAGGAGGAGCUCCGGACCGGGAGCGAACUGACAAUAUGGAAGGAGGAUACUAA